AUGAACACUUUCUCACAUGUCACCCACUUGCAACUUCACAAGUGGCCUUCACCAUCUCAGCUGCUGUAUGCAUGGGUACCAAGAUCUAACCCAGUGGUUUCGUUUUACGGUUUGGAAAAGUUGACAGGACCAUUGUUGGCAGGAGCAUUGGUUGGACAAGCCUCGAUUUAUGAUGUGCCAGGUGGAAAUCGGGCCGUACUUUUCGAUCGAUUCUCAGGAGUGAAAGACCGAGCGGUUGAUGAGGGAACACAUUUCUUGAUCCCUUGGGUUCAGAGAGCGAUUUUAUACGAUGUACGUAUCAAGCCUCGAAACAUUGCUACCACUACGGGCUCUAAGGAUCUACAGACGGUGAGCUUAACAUUGCGAGUGAUGAGUCGACCAGAUGUUAGUAAAUUGGCUCAGAUAUACCGAAGCCUCGGUCAAGAUUACGAUGAGAGAGUAUUGCCAUCAAUCGGGAAUGAAGUCUUGAAAGCCAUCGUAGCUCAAUUCGAUGCCGCCGAAUUGAUCACACAGCGUGAAGUUGUCUCGGGAAGGAUCAGAGAGGAUCUACUGAAGCGUGCAUCUGAUUUCAAUAUUGUCUUGGAAGAUGUCUCGAUUACACAUAUGACCUUUGGAAAAGAGUUCACACACGCAGUCGAGGCCAAGCAGAUUGCCCAGCAGGAAGCUGAGCGGGCGAAAUUUAUUGUUGAGCGAUCAGAACAAGAACGUCAAGCUAGUGUGAUUCGCGCAGAAGGUGAAGCUGAGGCGGCCGCCACGAUUUCGAAAGCCCUUGAUCGAGCUGGUGAAGGAUUGGUUCAGUUCCGAAAGAUUGAAGCCGCUAAGGAGAUUGCAGCUACGUUGAGUAAGAGCAAGUCGGUACAAUAUAUCCCAUCAGGUGGUGCAAAUGGCGGAAUCUUGUUAAAUGUGGAUGCUCAGAAAUAG